AUGAUUAACUACGACGACAAUGACGAAAAUUUGUUGUCUUUCUAUAAUAUUGCUACUGUUAAUCCUAGUAGUAGGAAAGACUUGAAUUUAACAAAUCAAGAACAAAUCGAUUCAGACGAAUUGAAUAAUCUCACAACAGACGAACAAUUCAAUUUACUAAUUACAUUAGUCAAUACCAACACCGGCCAUAAUAAUAACUCAUUAUAUGUUUAUGAUGAUGAAGAUCCCGAGGACCCACUUCGUGGUAGAGGUACAAAUGUGGUUAGGCAAUUGAUUCAGAAGGAAGUAAUUUCUUCCAAAGAUGACCCGAAAUUAAAUCUGUUUUUAAUCUCUUCCCCGAAUUUCGAUUCACAAAGAUUUUUGACCACUGUUCAUCAAGAUUCUUCAAUUGAUGAAUUGGUGCAGUCUUUAAAUUUUUUGGAGAGAAAUAUACAUAGUCAAACGGCAGAGUUGAAGCUGGUUAUAGAUUCCAACUUUAUCAAAUUCGUCGACUGUAAGAAGUCGAUAGAUGAUAUUUUAGUAGGAUUCAGGCAGCUGAAAACCAAAAUUCAACAAGACCGUGAAAACUCUAAGGUUUUCAAUCCUCAAAGGCAUAGGAAUACAGAGAAAAGUGAUUCACUUUCUUCCGAACUUGAAGAAUCAUUAAAGAACAUUAAUAUGGCAUCAACCUUGCUUAUAAGACCUAUAAUGGAAAAUAAGAGUAAAGAACAAAAAUUGAAUACCUUAAUUGAAUUUAUUAAAAGCAACAAGUUUUUCUUCGAUCUUCCCCAUAAUUUGAUUGAAUCAUUAUCAACCCAGAAUAAUGAUCAGUUUAUAGACGAUUACAAUAGAUUUCUAAAAGAAAAACAAGAAUUUAUCCAAAGACAAGAAGAAACAUACAGAAGAGACAUAGCCCACUUGAAUCCUGAGACUGAUUAUGAAGCAAUUAAAGAGAGAGAACAAAAUCAACAAUUAGUUGAUACCGCAAUAUUAAGGGUUUUUGCGGAGGUGGACAAUAUUAUUGCAGAAUAUAGAAAAAAAAUUUAUAACGAACUUCUUAGUCUAGACCACGAGGCAGGUAAUUCGAAAGGCCAUUUUCCAAACACAAAUAAUGCCAGAUUUAUCUCGUUAGUCGAUAAAUUAUACCAAUUAAACAACGAUGAUGGAAAUAAUACAUCGAACCCAAUUUAUGAAUUUUUGAAUACUCAACUUAACGGAUUACGAAAAGAUUUAGAUUAUCAAAUUAAUAAAUUUGAUACUAAAUUUAAAAUGAUGCAAAGAAAAUUGUUGGACUAUAUAAGUUCUUUGGCAGACUAUAGAGAAGGCGGUUCUCACGUUGGACAUAUUAGUGAAAAGUAUAGCAAUAUUGAUGACUUUUUUAGAGCCUCAUCUACAUCCUCAACCCCAAGUAACGAAGAAAUGGACAGAAUAAUAAUAAAGUUCUUCGAUAGCAGUGAUAACUUAGACUUAUCCUUUAUUAACGAGACUUGGUUGGUAUUACUUAACUUCGUUACAUAUUUGGAUGAUCUAUUUUUGAAGAAUAUAACAAAGUUUGUCAACAAUUAUAAUCACUAUAGUAAUCCUGACAAUGGGUUCAACAUAGAUACUCAAGGUAAAAUCAGGAAUUCAUUUGUUAGUCUUGUUGUGCAUGUUACGAACAAAUUGACUUCUCUAUUCGAUGAUAACGCUGAAUCGGUUAAUCAAUUGGAAUCAUCUCCAAGAAACUACAGCCGUUUUUUGCCGUACCAUACUAAUUCUCUUUCGACUAUAUUUUACUUGAGUGGAAUUUCAGCCAAGAUUAAUCAUACACUAACCAAAGUAGGCAAUUGCAUGGCAAUCGUUGGAAAUGCUAAUAAGACUACUGAUACCAAUAAGAUAAUCAAGUCUUUAAGAGCUACUUCGAGUACGAUUAACCAGAAAAUUCUAGAAGCAACAUGUGCAGUUUGGGUUAAUGACUGUUCUCAAUUCUAUGACCUAGAGAACUGGGAGAUUUAUCAUCCUAUUCAUGAUAAAGGUUCCGGACCAACUUUCACGAAGACCAUGAAUAUUCUUGAAUAUUAUGAAGGGUAUUUUUUACGAAAAUUAUCUGAUUUGUUGUUUAUAAAGGGGUUUGAAGAUAAUUCGAAUGAUGAUAUACGAAUAGUUGCUCCUUAUCCUAGUAAAAGAAUUCUAGUGAGUGUGGAGAUUCAAUUUAUGAGAAGUUUAAAUAUUUUAAUUGAUUCAUUAAUGAAGAAAUAUAACGUUGAAAAGUCUACGGUAAGAGUUAACACCAAAGGAGCAAACAUUGAUUCCGAACUAUUUAAAGUUUUGACAAUGAAUAAUUUUGAUAGAAUCUCUGAAACAAUUUAUCCAAAAUUGAUCAAGAAAUUUGAUAAAUUAUUUGAAAAGAAUUUACUGCAACAAAAUUUAAAAUUAUAUGCUGACAUAGACAAAGCAGCUUUAACAAUAUUCGAUGAUAUUUUAGAACGUGAGAAAUCAUGGAUUGAUGAAAGAGUUUCAAGAUAUUUCCUUAAAAUUCCUAGUAAAGCAAUUGAUCCGAAAGGCGAUUUUGAAUUGAAGAUCGAAAGUUUUACAUAUGAAGUAUUGAUUCAUUUCGUUAAGCUUAUCCAUGAAGUUAAACCCUUGACAGGUACGGAGGUCUUCGUAAGCAUAAUGAAUGAAUUACAGAAUUAUUUUUUGAAAUUGGUCUUGGAAUAUUUAAGGUCAUUGAAUAGAAAUGAUAAAUUUUAUUCGAUACUUGGUAACUUGAAGUUAGGUAUAAUCUUCUUCGUUGAAGUCUUUGAACCAAGUAAGUAUGCCAAACUAAACGAUUAUUGCAUGAAUUUGGUAGAGAUAAUUUUGGGUAUCAUUAACGAGAAUGAAAAGCCAAACUACUCGGAAGCUCAGUUCGACAAUGUAUUAAUGAAAUGUUUGAGAGAUUCAGAAAGCGAGUUUGACUGCUUUUUAUAG